GUGAUUUCCCCGUGCCGCGCCCUACAGCGUGGCCACCUCUCUUCCCACCUACGAUGAGGCAGAGAAAGCCAAAGCUGCAGCCAUGAUACUCUCUGCUGUGGAGAUGAUACCAGGGGAGGAUGACUUCCCUCCAAGGGAUGACUUCAGCGACGUCGACCAGCUGAGGGUGGGGAACGACGGCAUUUUCAUGCUGGCCUUUUUCAUGGCCUUCCUGUUCAAUUGGAUUGGGUUCUGCCUGUCAUUCUGCCUGACCAACACCAUCGCUGGCCGAUACGGGGCCAUCUGCGGCUUUGGCCUCUCUCUCAUCAAGUGGAUUCUCAUCGUCAGGUUCUCGGACUACUUUACUGGAUACUUCAAUGGGCAGUACUGGCUCUGGUGGAUUUUCCUGGUCCUUGGUCUCCUGCUUUUCUUCAGAGGGUUUGUGAACUACCUGAAAGUGCGCAACAUGUCUGAAAGCAUGGCUGCCUCACACAGAACACGCUUCUUCUUCCUGUACUGAGGUUGUUUUACCAAACAUUCCUCCUUAAUGUGAAAUUCCCUGAGGAUUUGCGACCCUCUUCUCGAAUGACCAGGACAACAAAAAAACACCAGUGAAAAGACGUGAGGAAGAAAAGAACCAGUGCGUCAUUACCGCUGCGAAAGUCUGCCGUCUUUCAUUAAAAGCAAAAACAGCUGACUCAUCUCUUUCAGAAAGUCCGUACAGUACAGAUUAACCCAGCUAAAUAUACCCUGUGYGUUUUUGAUAUUUCCACCGGCUUUGUUUGGCUCUUUAGAUUUCAAUUGCCUCCCUGAUCUAACCCCUGUUAUAGUCCCAUCCUGCUUAAUAUCCCAAGUCUUGUACAUUGAAUACACCUUAACAUGGGGUAGAAUAGUGCAGUGUAGUAGCUGGGUCUACAUGUUGUGGAUGUUUAUUGAAAAGUACGCACAAGAACAUGAAAGAGGUCUUAUGCAAUUGUGUCCUUUCCUGAACUGGAUGUCUUCUCCUAAUGAGCAUGAUGAUGAUGAUGAAACAGUUAGUCUUAUUUUUUUUUUUUUACUUUUAGAGCUCCAUUGGAGUAUCAAUUUGUAUUUUAUCACAUGAUAUUAAUCCCCAUAUUUAAUUGUCUUUGGUAUAAACAUGUUAUUUGAUGAAACUCAUGACUUUUAUCGUGAAAGGAUUGAACUGUAUCACAGCUUAUGCCAAUUUAUUAUAUUUGCACUUUUCAAGAACCUCUUCAGUUGUGAAUUGCUUACUUGUCGUAGUGCGUAGACUGAUCUCUCUGUCAAUCCGUUUUGAACUGGAAUUUGUAUUUAUCCCAAAAAAGGAUAUCUGCCUUUUUGCACUUUUAUUUUAAAGAAUUACAUUUUCAUUGAGUUGAUUAUUGCAAUUAGCCUGGACUGUGACAUUUUAAACUAUUGUCGAGUUUAAUGUUUGAAUGAUUCCUUUCUCAUUUUGUUUCUGUUACACAGAAGCCUCAUCAGCAAUAUCAAAAAACGUAACUUAAAUGCAUGAUUAGUCUGGCCGAGUUKGUUAUAAUAGUAUUCAGCUUAUAAUAGUAUUCAGCUAAAGCAACGUUAUUAAUAUUCUAUUUGUAUGUUUGUAAAACAGCCAAACUAGUUUUGUCAGAAAUGAUUCUUGGAACAUCUCUGGUACUCCGAGAUGAUGAUGAUGCGUGCUUGUUAACCCUUUAACCUGAAGUCUUGCAAAAUGCCAAUAAAGUUCCAAAGGCACCCCUUGACUGCCUCAUGUUA